GAAAGCCCCGUCGGGCGUCUCCUUGUUGAUCCUGUGGUGAAACAUACCAGCACGCUGCUCACGCUCUCCUGCGGGCCAGUCGACCACGCCUAUUCCGCACACCAACCUCACCUCUGGAGGGUCGCACGAGCCGGUCUCUGGGUCUCGCGCAUUCAGUAUCGAUACGGACAACUCCUCUGGCGCCGUGGAGGGUUCAGCGGGGGACGAACGAGGCACGAAUUGAACGUGUGGGGGCAGGGAGACGAGGCACGAGGCGGUCUGUUCGAGACGCGCAGAUUGGUGCCUGACAGCACUACGGACACGAUCGACGGCGACAACGCGCUCGAGGCGCGUCCGGAACACCCACCAUGUCUUCCACGUCCAACACGAUCAAGGUGGUCGCCCGCUUUCGGCCCGCCAACAAAGUCGAGCAGAGCAAUCAGGCUGUGUCCAUUGUCGAAUUCCCUAGCGAGGACUCAGUGACAAUCGACUCCCAGGAAGCCAGCGGCAAGCCGACCUACACCUUCGAUCGCGUUUUCCCUGUCGGCACUGCCCAGCAUGAGAUCUUCGACUACUCGAUCAAGAGCACGGUGGACGAUGUACUGGCUGGCUACAAUGGCACAGUAUUCGCGUACGGUCAGACGGGAUCCGGAAAGACGUAUACCAUGAUGGGCGCUGGGGACUUGCAUGAUCCAGACACCAAGGGUAUUAUUCCGCGCAUCGUGGAGCAGAUCUUCACCAAGAUCAUGGAGAGUGACAGCACAAUUGAGUUCACGGUCAAGACCAGUUACAUGGAAAUCUACAUGGAGAAGAUUCGCGAUCUGCUGGUGCCGCAGAACGAUAACUUGCCUGUGCACGAAGACAAGCAAAAGGGCAUAUACGUCAAGGGCUUGCACGAGUUCUACGUCGGGUCCGUGGACGAAGUGUACACUGUUCUGGAGAGAGGUGGACAGGCUCGUGCGGUCGCAUCAACGAACAUGAACCAGGAGUCUUCGCGAUCACACUCGAUUUUCGUGAUCGAGGUUACGCAGAAGAACGUCGAAACAGGAUCCGCACGGUCUGGUCGCCUGUACCUGGUAGAUCUGGCAGGUUCGGAAAAGGUGGGAAAGACAGGUGCAAGUGGUCAGACACUGGAAGAGGCAAAGAAGAUCAACAAAUCGCUCUCUGCACUUGGAAUGGUCAUUAACGCGCUCGCUGAAGGAAAGAGCCAGCACAUCCCUUACCGUGACAGUAAGCUUACGAGAAUUCUGCAAGAGUCGCUCGGUGGUAACUCUCGAACGACACUCAUCAUCAAUGCCUCGCCCAUGUCCUACAACGACGCGGAAACCAUUGGAACAAUGCGAUUUGGUGAGCGUGCCAAAACGAUCAAACAGAAGGCCAAGAUCAACGAAGAACUUUCUCCGGCUCAGCUCAAGGCCAUGCUCAAGAAGACGCAAUCCCAGGUCACCACUUUCACUGCAUAUAUUCAAUCAUUGGAGGGCGAGGUUGUUCAAUGGAGGAAAGGAGAACCUGUGCCAAAGGAGAAAUGGAUCCAGCCACUUGGUGCUGGUUUCGUCGCUGAAGCGCCUCCGCGCUCGCAAACUCCUACUAGCAGGGUGAAGAGCCAGGAUGGUUUUGGUACUCCCAGACCUGAGAGUCGAGCCGAGCUCGAACGAGCAGGGACACCUAGCUUGGUGCUCGAGAAGGACGAGCGUGAAGAGUUUUUGAAGCGCGAGAACGAUCUGCAAGACCAGCUUGCCGAGAAGGAGCGUGAAUUAGAGGCUGCUCAGCAAGCUGCGCGAUCUGCGCAAGAACAGCUCAAGGAAAUCCGAGCAUCCCAAUCAGAGCUUCAGCGUAGCAACGAGAAACUCUCGGCGGAAGUGGAAACUCAGAAGAGAGAUAUCGAAAGGAUCGAUUUCGAGACCAAGGAGGCUAGCAUAACCAUGGACUCGUUACGGGAUGCCAAUGCAGAGCUCACGGCAGAACUGGACAGCCUCAAGUCUGAGCUUCUCGAUGCACGAAUGUCUGCUAAGGAGUCUUCUGCUCUGCUGGAUGAGAAGGAGAGACUCAAGAAGGAGCGCAUGGCGCAAAUGAUGGCCACUUUUGACCUUGGGGAGGGUCUUAUGUCGCAGAAUGAGAUGGCUGUUGCGGAGAUGGUUCAGCAAGUGCAAAGCCUGCUCGAGAUUGCUGACAGCGGAGAAAGUGUCGCCGCAGAUCAAUUUCACAGCCUCAAGGACAAGCUACUCGAGCUACAAGGCCAAAUCCGACAGGCAGAUAUCAGCGCCAAUGGUCACGCGGACAGCGCGCAGAUGGCCGUCCUCGAACAGAAGCUUUCCCAGCUUCAUCGCGAGCACCAGGACUUGCUCGAGCGCAACUUGUCCGAGGCUGAUGUCGAGGAGCUCAAGGAGAAAUACUCCAAGAGAUUGGCCGAGCAGAAUGGUGGCGCUCAAUCCGCAGAAGCACAUGAGAUGCUGUCUCGCCAACAAGAAGAGAACACCCGCCUUCGCAACGAAGUGGAAGCUCUGCGCAAGCAGGCUCUGAAUGGUGCCAACGGCACCACUCUAGGCAAGCAGCUUGCAGACUUCGAUGCCAUCAAGAAGUCCCUUAUGCGAGAUCUGCAGAACCGCUGCGAGCGUGUUGUUGAGUUGGAGAUAAGCUUGGACAGCACACGCGAGCAGUACAACUCGAUUCUGCGAAGCAGCAACUCCAAGGCACAGCAAAAGAAGCUGGCGUUCCUCGAGCGCAACUUGGAACAAUUGACGAUCGUGCAGCGACAACUUGUAGAGCAGAACACACAGCUCAAGAAGGAAGUCGCCAUUGCUGAGCGUAAAUUGGUCGCUCGUGGUGAGCGUAUUCGUGGUCUGGAGGGUCUCGUCCAGGAGAGCCAGGAGAAGCUCAUGCUUGCUAACCACAAGUUUGAAUCGCAACUCAUGGCUGUCAAAGAACGCCUCGAAGCUGCCAAAUCCGGCUCAACUCGUGGCCUGCCCAACUCACCUGCCCCCUCAAAUUUCGCGAACAACCCAUUCGGCCGGAUAGCCAAGCCUCUGAGGGGCGGUGGCGGCGGCGGAGACGGACCAAGCCUCGCGCCCACAUAUGCCGGUCUUCAGCAAGCGAACUCAGAGGGCAGCGGCGGCAAGCGCAGCAGCUGGUUCUUCAGUCAACGAUCGUGAGACAAACAGCCCGUAAUGCAGGUUCAGUGAGUGGGCAGCGGAAAUGGAUGGCUAUGAUGUGUGUAGAAAAGACGGAGGAUGCCAACAACGAAUUGACACGAUAUCGAGGAAGAAUGCAUACACUACGGAAAUAUGUUUUAUCGCUUGCCGCUGCUCUGCUUUGAAGUGCAGCACACGAUACCCUGGGUGCUUUUUGAUGGAGACGUACGGAGCUCCUUUGGAGAAGGUGUUAGAAGGUAUGAAGGUAGACGGCGUCUGUAUGUCCAAUGGCUUUGAAUACCG